CCCUUUAAACCCAUUUCCAGCUGCUCCUAAAACCUUAUCGUUCUCUCCUUCUCCCCAUUUCUUAGCAGCAGCCUUAUCUCUUUCUUGUUCAACUCUCAACAAUGGCUUCCACCUCUUUCCUCGCUUCUUUAGCACCCAAAACGCUGGUUCUAUCCAAAUCCGCUACUCCUUCACUCCCUUUCUUCUCUCUCCUCUCUUCUUCUACUUCCAAAACGCUACCCAAUUCUCUCUCUUUUCCCUCCUUGAAACGCUACCAAUCCCUUUCUUCUCGCUUUGUUCAAAAUGUUGCAAUUUCUUCUGAGUUUGAACAAGAGGAAGAUGUUAUGUCUGAUGAUGGUGAACAACAGCCUAACUUCUCCCCUGACCUUAAGCUUUUUGUGGGUAAUCUUCCUUUUAAUGUUGACAGUGCUGAACUUGCUGGGUUGUUUGGUGCUGCUGGUACUGUUGAAAUGGUUGAGGUUAUAUAUGAUAAAAUGACUGGAAGGAGCAGAGGGUUUGGAUUUGUGACCAUGUCCUCAGUUGAAGAAGUUGAAGCAGCUGCUCAGCAAUUCAAUGGCUAUGAACUUGAUGGCAGGCCCUUAAGGGUGAAUGCAGGACCUCCACCACCUAAAAGAGACGAUUUUUCUCCUAGAGGUGCCAGAGGUGGUGGAUCAAGCUUUGGAAGCUCCAACAGGGUUCAUGUGGGCAAUCUUUCAUGGAAAGUUGAUGAUGCUGCCCUCAAGUCACUUUUUAGUGAGCAGGGAGAAGUAGUGGAAGCAAAGGUGAUUUAUGACAGGGAUAGUGGUCGUUCCAGAGGUUUUGGAUUUGUAACUUACAAUUCUGCUGAUGAGGUCAAUAGUGCCAUUGAAUCCUUGGACGGUGUGGAUUUGAAUGGAAGAGAAAUACGUGUAUCAGCCGCGGAAGCAAGGCAGAGGCGCUCAUUUUAAAUUGAAAAUCUGUGAUAAAUUGAUAUCUUAGGCUUGUAGCCAGAGGAAGGCUGCUGCUGCAGGGAAACCCAACUAGUGCUGAACAAUGUGCUGUUCUGUGCAUCAGUUUGCUCAAUUUUCUGGUUCAAAUGCACAGAAACGGCUUAGAUAAUCAUUACAAUCUGCAUGGAGAAAUACUGAAUAUGUUCUGGAACCUAUGUCCUUUUAGGUAAUUGAAUUGUGUGUGUUAUGCUUUUUUGCAGUCUAGGUGAUUAGUAGUUAAAACACUUUUAUCAGCGGGCUGGUUUGAAUGUAAUAUUUCUUUCCCUGGAACGAUGCUCGACAUUGAUUAACAGUGUAGCCUCUUGUAAGAAACUGGUUGACCGGUAGUGAUUCAGUAAUACAGAUGCUGUUUGUUUAGUUUAUCA